AUGCGUCAUAUCAAUCAACUUCUUCUCAUUCCAAUGACUAUAUGGGCAGGUCUUGAACUAACAUUUCUUUUUGCUCAAUUUACUCAAGCUUUUGUUUCGUGCGCGAUCAAUGCUAAAUACGUCGGCCUUAUCAUGAUUGCCUUUGGAGUAUGUGAUUCUAUUGGUAGUUUCGUUUUUGGUCAACUAGUUAAAAUAGUUGGACGUUGGCCAUGCUUUGCAAUUGCUACACUGAUCAGUUAUGCAAUGAUAAUCACCAUGCUUGUUUGGCGACCUUUGGCUGAUCAAAUAGUCGUUCUUUUUAUCAUAGCUGGCUUUUGGGGAGUGGCCGAUGCCGUUUGGCAAUCACAGACUAGUGCUUUGUACGGCGUCUUAUUUACUGACAAUAACGAAGCGGCAUUUUCAAAUUAUCGUCUUUGGGAGUCGGCUGGUUUUGCUUUCUUCUAUAUCCUUCUUCCUCGUAUACGUACUCGAAUCACUCUUAUUAUUCUCCUUGUAUCUCUUUCAGUAGGAAUCAGUGGUUAUGCAUUGGCCGAGUAUCGAUGGCAAACAACUGAAGAAAAAGAAAAGAAUGCUAAGAAUAAUCAAGUAUCACCAUCGUGA